AAGAGAACUCGAGAAGAUCAGAGCAGAGCGGAAGAGAAGAGAGAAGCCAGCGCAGCGACGAUGUCCAUGGCUCUGCCGAGCUCGCUCCGCGCCCUUGCCCCACCCGUCCUCCUCCUCUCGUCCCCCACCGCUCGCCUCAGGCCGGGGGCGUCCCGCGCCGCGCGGGAUCUGCUGCCUCUGCCCCGGCGGAGGAGGGGAGCGGGGCUCGUGGCGCGGGCGGCGGGGGCGGCGGCGCUGCCGUCGGACGCGGAGUGGCUGGCGCGGCUGCCGGAGAAGAAGAAGCCGCUUUACACGCACAGCCUGCCGUGCAUCGAGGCGUGGCUGCGCAGCAUCGGGUUCGCGCAGUCCCGCGAGGACCGCGCCGUCUGGGUCGCCGAGAUGCCGCUCUGGCACGCGCGCCUCAGCCUCGACGUCACCGACCUCCACAUCAGAUACCUGAAAAGUGGCCCCGGGAACCUUGAGAAGGACAUGGAGAGAAGGUUCAGCUACGCGCUAAGCAGAGAAGACAUCGAGAACGCGAUACUGGGCGGACCUUGAGGCUCAGGAUGAGGAUCCUUUUAUCCGAGCAUGAUCAUCCACAAGACACUCGGCAGAGAGCAAUUCAUGAUGCUUUUAACCUCCGUUUCGAAAAAAGAAAUGAUGCUUUUAACAGUUAACAAGAAACUGACCGGAGAUGUUUGCUCCCGGGUUUGCAGAGAAAAUGAUCAGUGUGCUCAGCUGCCUGGACACAACUGAGAUCGGUAUAAGAGGAUCUAUUUCAAAAUUUAUGUGCAGUUCAUCAUAAUAAACUUUUCUUCGUUUGGAAACGAAUUGCUUGUGACCA